AUGUCUAACAAACGUAAAAUUGAAGAUCUUUAUUCAUCAUCAUUAUCAUUACCAUUAACAACAACUGAAGCUCGAUUUCCAUCAGAUGGUAGUGUUAAAGUUGAUAUGGGAGGUUUUGGUAUAAGUUUUAAAUCAAUUGAAACAAAUGCAGUUUCUAGUUGUCAUUUUGUGUUAAUAACUGGUCUUAUAUAUAAAAAACGUUUUGGUUAUUUAUCACAUCGAGCAACUGAAUAUAAUUCUUCAUCUAAUAAAUUAAAAGCACUUCAAGACAUUUUUCGGAUCAUUCUUGAAGAUAUAAACAGUUACAACAGUAAAGAUCGUGAAGAUGAACAAACAUCACUAAACAUCAAUGAUUUUCAACAUCUGAAAAUGGUUAUAGGUGGUGGUGUUGAUGAUGAAAAAAAUUUAAAUCGAAAAUGUGUCAUGAUGUUGAAUGAUCCAACUAUCAAUCUUGAAGAAAAAUUAAAAAAUGAAAAUUACAAAUCUCUUUAUGCAAAAUUAAAAAACAAUGUGAUUAUUUUACCACCUGUAACUUACUUAUUAAAUAAUGAUAAUGAAGAUGAAGAUGAUGAUAAUGAAGAAUUAGUUAUUGAUCCACCUGGUUUAUGGGUCAAAUUCAAUUGUUACUCCAAUAUUCUUCGUGUUGGUUUGGAAUGGUUGAGCAAAAUCAGCAAUGAAUAUCCAUUAGCAUUUACAAUCGUUGAUUUAAAUAAACAUGAUGUUAAAUUCGAAUGGACAAUAAACAUGGAGAAAAUUGAAGAACAACUAACUAAUCCAUAUGUUGGUUUAUAUGAAUUAUUUGGUUUAUCUCGUAUUCUUUAUUAUCUUCGUUCAUGUAUUAACACUGGUCGUAUUCAAGUUCAACGACCACAACAAUCAUUGACAUAUCUUCAACAUAUGGAACAUACGGAACAUCUGUUAUAUCAAUCAAGCUGUCCAAAUAUACGAAAAAUUAGUAUCGAUUUAUUAGAUCUUGCUCAAGAAGGAAAAUUAAAUAAUGUUCUUGGUCAUGAUAGUGAAAUUCGACAAUGUAUUCAAAUUUUAAUACAAAAAAGAAAAAAUAAUUUUUUUCUAAUUGAAAAUUCACAUGUUACAGAAAGAACUAUUCUUGGUGGUUUAGCACAACGUAUUGUUCAUCAAAAUGUUCCUGAUAUAUUAUCAAGAUGUUUAUUUGCAUUAAAUAUGCAAGAAUUAAUUGUUAAAGAAACAUCAGUUAAUGAUUGUAUUUCAAUUUUACGUGGUGUUAAACGUCAUAUUGAAUCAGAUAUUGACGUUUUAAUCCUUGAUUUAGCUUUAGUUACUGCUGCUGAAUUAACUAAUCGUUAUAUACCAAAUCCAUAUUCACCAGAGAAAACAAUUAAUUUGAUUAAAGAAAUAUGUAAAAAUACAAAAGAACGAAUGACUAAUCGAUCAAAAAGAAUUAAUGAAUUACAACAACAAGAAUCAGAAUUAAAUAAUAAAAUAGAAAAUUUAUCAAAUGAAGAAAAUGAAAAAUUAAAACAGAUUCGAAAAGAAUUAAAUUUAAUCAAAUCAAACUAUAAUUUAGAAAAAGAAUAUAUUAAUAAAUUAAAAAAUUUAUUUGAAAAAUUAUCAAAUCUUCAAAUUCAAAUUGUUCAAGCUGAACAAAAAAAAAAUUUAACUUUAAUAAAUAAAAUAAAAUUGAAACUUAUACCAGAACUUAAGAAAAAAAUACUCGAAAUUGAAUAUCGACUUAUUGAAGAAAAUAAACAUCGACAAGGUCAAUUAUUAAUUGAAGUAGUUGGUCCAGAUGAUAUUAUUGAAAAAGUUAGUCGAAUGACUGGUAUUGCAUCUUCAAAAUUAUCUAGAACAGAAAAUGAUCGGUUAUUAACAUUACGUGAUCAUUUAUACAAAAAAGUCAUUGGACAAAAUGAUGCCAUUGAUAGUGUUGUGGAAGUUAUACGAAAUCGAGCUAUAUUUGGAAAACCAAAUAAACCGAUUGGUUUAUUUUUAUUCUUAGGUCCAAAUAGUGUUGGUAAAACUGAAUUAGCAAAAACUUUAGCAUUAGAAUUAUUUGAUUCAACAGAAAAACUGAUUUCUAUUGAUAUGAAUAAAUAUACUACAUCUAAUUCAAUUGCUCAAUUAUUUGAUUCAUCUUUUGAAGGUAUGCGACAACAACCAUAUGCUGUAAUUUUAUUUAAUCAAAUUGAAAAAGUUCAUCCACAAUUUUGGAAUAAUUUAUCUCAAGUUUUGGAUCAUAAUCAUUCUUUGAAUGAGAAACAUGUCAAUGUUGAUUUAACAAAUACAAUUUGGGUAUAG